AUGGCUGAGCUAUCUCUGGAUUGCUAUGAUGGUGCAUCGACGGUGAUGGUUCCUCAGCAGCAUACAGGUCAUGGCCAUGAAUCAACGGCUGCAGUGAAGUUGCAGAAAGUGUACAGGAGUUAUAGAACCCGGCGUAGGCUAGCAGACUCGGCUGUGGUUGCUGAGGAGCUAUGGUUGCUGGGGAAGGGAUUAUCAAAGGAUGCUAAGGCACAAAAGUUAGCUUUCCAACAUUGGAUCGAAGCAAUUGAUCCAAGACAUCGGUAUGGCCAUAAUCUGAACUAUUACUAUGAUGAGUGGUGUAGAGGUGAUGCAGGACAGCCCUUUUUCUACUGGUUGGACGUUGGAGAUGGCAAGGAAGUUGAUCUCAAGGAUUGUCCAAGAUCAAAGCUGCAACAAGAAUGCAUCAAGUAUCUUGGACCGCAAGAGAGGGAACACUUCGAAUAUAUCAUUUGUGAAGGGACCUUGGUGCACAAAGGAACAGGACAUCUUCUUGAUACAAAUCAAGGAAUGGAAGAUUCCAAAUGGAUUUUCGUGAUGAGCACAUCGAAGAAACUUUAUGCUGGCGAGAAGAAGAAGGGAUUAUUUCAUCAUUCCAGCUUCCUUGCCGGGGGGGCCACCUUGGCUGCUGGAAGACUCAGAGCAGAACAUGGAAAGCUCAAGUCUGUAUCAGCAUACAGCGGACAUUACCGUCCAACCAAUGAGAACCUUGGCAGCUUCCUCACCUUCCUUAAGGAAAGUGGAGUUGCCCUUGAUGGAGUUCAGGUACUUUCUCCCAUGGAAGACAAUGAGAGCUAUGGUUUGAGCAAAUCAAUUCAACCUGGAAGAACAUACGGACAAACAAAAGCUGAAAAUCCUGAGCUUCAUGCUUCCAGGGUGAAAGAAAGCAAUCAACAGUCUGAAUCAUGUACAUUUUCAGAAACAAAAAGAAUAAGUAGUUACCAAAGAACCAUAUCCAGAAAUCUUUUCAACCUCCGAACAAGUGUCCCUAAGAAAGAAAUAUUGCAAAGGAUCAACUCCAAGAAGGAAGCAAGUUCAUGUCAACUAGGAGACCAACUGUCUUUGAAGUGGUCAACAGGAGCAGGCCCCAGGAUUGGGUCUGUUGCAGACUACCCUCUGAAGUUAAGGCUACAAGCACUAGAAUUUGUAAGCCUCUCGCCUAAGGUUUCCCUCACGGCAUCCCCAUCGGAACCUCCAUCAGGUCUCACAUCAUUUACAACUUCUUGCAGGAUAAUGUGA